UCCUCCAGCAUUCUUUCAAGAUGUCUACUGUCCAUGAAAUUUUAAGCAAGCUCAGCCUUGAAGGAGAUCAUUCUCUGCCACCAAGUGCAUAUGCCACAGUUAAGGCCUACUCCAAUUUUGAUGCUGACCGGGAUGCUGCAGCCCUGGAAACAGCCAUCAAGACCAAAGGUGUGGAUGAGGUCACCAUCAUCAACAUCCUGACAAACCGCAGCAAUGUACAGAGGCAGGAUAUUGCUUUUGCCUACCAGAGGAGAACCAAAAAGGAACUUUCUGCAGCGGUCAAGUCUGCUCUGUCGGGUCAUCUGGAGUCAGUGAUCUUGGGCUUGCUGAAGACACCAGCACAGUAUGAUGCCUCUGAACUGAAAGCUGCCAUGAAGGGUCUGGGAACUGAUGAAGACACACUCAUUGAAAUCAUCUGCUCACGAACAAAUCAGGAGCUUAGUGAAAUUAACAGAGUCUACAGGGAAAUGUACAAGACAGAACUGGAAAAGGACAUUAUAUCAGAUACAUCUGGUGACUUCCGCAAGCUAAUGGUUGCCUUGGCCAAGGGCAAAAGGUGCGAAGAUACUUCUGUGAUUGAUUAUGAGCUGAUUGACCAAGAUGCUAGGGAGCUCUAUGAUGCUGGUGUAAAGAGAAAGGGAACUGAUGUCCCCAAGUGGAUCAACAUUAUGACUGAAAGAAGUGUCCCCCACCUGCAGAAAGUGUUUGACAGGUACAAGAGCUACAGCCCAUAUGAUAUGUUGGAGAGCAUCAAGAAGGAGGUUAAAGGAGAUCUGGAGAAUGCCUUUCUUAAUCUUGUCCAGUGCAUUCAGAACAAGCAGCUGUAUUUUGCGGACAGACUGUAUGAUUCCAUGAAG